AUGUCGCCCAUCAAUCUCAAGGUUGAGGUCGACAACGCGCCCGAUUUUGCCGACGACGUAGUCAUCAUUCUCAAUUCAGUCCUUGCCGCACAGUCAACACCCGUCGAAGCCGCUAAGGCCUUGGACGCUCUUUGCACCGAAGAAUCGGACCCGGCCACUUUCCUUGCACUUUUCUGGGAGUUAUUUCAUCCGCUCGCUCGCCAAAUUCCCUAUGAUAGCCAAGGCCAGGACCUUUUAGCAGCGGUUGUUCAGGCCCUCGACGAGUUAGCUCCCAGGACAGUGACAUUCAAAGCGGGAUGGGGCGAAACUGCUGAUCACGCUGGCCCUCUCUGGAAGAAUCUGAGGGAGACUGUGGCUGCGCAUUUUUACGAUACCUUUGGUGACUCUGAUUUACCUGCUUCGGGCGAAGAAUUCCGAAAGCAGCGGAAACUCAAUCUCAACGCCUUUGCAGCAAGAGUUACAUCACUACUCAAUCUUUCCACCGAGAUGUACUUCCUCUGGGCGAUGGUCGACGGACUAGAAGGCACCAUGACGUUUGUCUGGGGUGCACUAGAUGUGAUAAACGAGGACCCUGCCGCACUCGACGAGUAUGAUAUCAAGGCUGCUGCGGCUUGGAUGGUUCACGCAGCUCAUGUCUUCUACGGACGAGAUGAGGAGGUGCGUGGUGGGGGAGGCGGCCCGUUGUGGAUGCUUCCCAAGAAAGAAGGAUUGAGACUACGGCGCAAAUACAAGGGAACAGAUGGGCUUUGUCCUCUCAGGUGGCAAUUAUGGAAGGAAAGGCUCGCUGUGUUCCGAGAUACCGAGGCUUUGGAUGCACGCCUUCAAAAAGAAGCCGGAGAUGCAUAUGCUGCCAUGGAAGCCGCUGAGACAUUGACGAAGCGCCAAGGCAUGGGAACGGGUGAGGAGGAGAACGAGGGCUUGUGA